GCUGCUGAGGCUCCACAAGGCGGACUUCAGGCUACUUUACAUAAACAGGACGUCACAGAUGCCAACUAAAACCUUGCACACAGACUGAGACACGGAUAAGUGUGAAAGUGCGAUGUCUUCCCCCGGUGCCACCCCCAACUCUCUGCAUGCUUUGGCGCCCACAUGGAAGACGAAGAAGAAACACUUUGUGCAGCAGAAAGUGGAGGUUUUCCGUGUCAGUGACCCCGUGUUUAGCGUGCUGAUGUGGGGAGUCAACCAUUCGAUUAAUGACCUGAGCCAGGUGCCCUUACCUGUCAUGCUGCUUCCAGAUGACUUCAAAGCCAGCACUAAGAUCAAAGUCAACAACCACCUCUUCAACAAAGAGAAUCUUCCAGGACAGUUCAAAUUCAAAGAAUAUUGUCCACAGGUGUUCAGAAAUCUGCGAGAGCGCUUCGGAAUCGAGGACCAAGAUUACCAGGUGUCUCUGGCUCGCAGUCCUCCACUCAAAGAUGAGGAUGGGCAGUGCGUAGGGCUGCUGCUGACAUCAUACGACCGCACUUUGGUAGUAAAAGAAAUCUCCAGUGAAGAGGUGGAGGAAAUGCACAACAUCCUCUCUGAGUAUCACCAGCAUAUUGUCACCUGCCACGGCAAUACGCUGCUCCCUCAGUUCCUGGCCAUGUACAGAGUCACUGUGGAGAGCGAGGACACCUACCUGUUAGUUAUGAGGAACAUGUUCAGCCACAGACUGCAUGUACACAGGAAAUAUGACCUCAAGGGGUCCCUUGUGUCUCGUGAAGCAAGUUUUAAAGAGAAGGUGAAGGAGCUGCCCACAUACAAAGAUGUAGACUUCAGGAAUAAAAUGCAAAAAGUUUAUGUGAGUGAUGAGGAGAAGGAGAAGAUCAUGGACAAGCUCAACAGAGAUACCGAGUUCCUGGUCCGUAUGAGGAUCAUGGACUACAGCCUGCUGCUGGGCAUCCAUGAUGUGGAGCGGGCUGAGAGGGAGGAGGAAGGGAUGGAGUCGUCCGAUAACGAGGAAGAGGAGGAUGAAAAUGACUUUGCUCCUGCUCCGAUCUCCACCUCACCUGAGGGUAUCAGUGGCUACAUGAACUCCUUCAAACCCAUGAGUCCCGGGGAGUUCAACCCUUAUGUGGAUGUGUACGCUAUUCAGAGCGCUGUAGGUGCCCCCCACAGGGAGGUGUACUUUAUGGGUCUGAUUGACGUGCUGACACAGUACGACACCAAGAAGAAAGCUGCUCAUGCUGCCAAAGCUGUCAAACACGGGGCAGGAGCAGAAAUCUCAACAGUUCACCCAGAGCAGUACGCUAAACGUUUCCGGGAGUUCAUCGCUAAGAUCUUUGCCUAGUUUAAGGAUUCGGUCCAGGCUUCCCUCACUUCAUUUAAUACAAGAGGAGUCUCGCUAUGCAAUACUUACGUCAUCACAAAUCAACAUCAGGAAGCACUGAAAAUGGAACUGUUAGUUUCUAAAUGAUCUAUGUGGUUUUUGAGCAUUUACCCUCCAUUUACCCUCUGUACUGCAAGAUGCACUGUGCAUUUCUUUUGAAUAAAAAACUGGCAUUUUGCAGAUGAAGGAGGGAAAGUUUUCUUGGAGACUUGAUGUUGCUAAUCGGUUCUCUUUUGCGGUCACUUAAAGUUUCUGUAACACUGCUUUGAUAUUGCAUGGCACCCAGUGAUGCAGGAUUACCAAAAAGAUAACACAUGAGGUGAUGUUAGUAAGCACCUCUGAAAAUCUAUUCUUCCUAAAAGCCAGUGGGGGGUGGAGAGGAUGAGAAAAAUGUCAAAACAUUUAUUGUGGAUGUGUCCAGUUUUCCUUCAAUGGAAGUCUCACUCACAGCUGCUGGGGAGAAACAUUUAUGUAAUGCUCUUAUAUAUUCAUUUGUGCUCUCUCUUUUCCCACCAGUGACAACACUUAGCAGAAGAAAACAAGUUGGGCAAAUCAACAGGGUUUCUAUUAGCAACAAUGCAAUGCACAUCUCCUUCUCAAGUGUGAGCUAUGAAAUGUUGCCAAAUGCAGAUUUAAAUAAAUAGCACAAACAUAACAAGAUGAAUGCUGCCUGACAUCCCAAUUUUUAUGUGUGUUUUAAAUUGAAAACUGAAAUGAAAAAUA